AUGUUACCCAAGGUGUCAAAUGAAUACACAAGCAUUGGAUGUAACAGAUUUCCACAAGUUGCUGCUUGGGGAAAGGAUGGAACAGUUGCAUUUGGGGCUCAUAAUUAUGUGGCUUUAUAUUAUCCUGAGGUAAUAUAUCUUGAAAAAAAUAAAAUAGAUGUUGUUGGUGAGGUAGGACAAAUUACUUUUCGUUUUGCUUUUCUAUCAAUCACUAACACUAUUUUACCAAUAGGAGAUGAAUUAAAUCAAAAGAAUAUCGCAAUAAUAUCUGGAUCAGCUGACAAAACUGCUAGAGUUUGGAAAUUAACAAAAGACAAUAAAUGGGUAAAUUCAGCAAUUUUAGAAUCUCAUGGAGGUUCGGUAAAUACCCUUGGAGUAACUCGAGCAAAGUCGAUUAUAGUGGAUAAAGAUCUAAUCAUAACUGGAUCUGCAGACGGUGUUAUUAAAGUUUGGGAAAGGAGUAUUUGUAAUGAUGUUCAAGACUCAGUAAAAUGCUUGCAAACAAUUAAUUUGGAAAGAAAGUAUCCUAUGGCCUUAGCUCUGUCAUAUUUACCAGAAUCAAAAAUCCCAAUAUUAGCAUGUGGAGGUACCGAUAAAAGGAUAUUAUUAUAUGUUCAAAAAGAUGGACUGUUUAUUCCAUCUCUAAAACUUCAAGGACAUGAAAAUUGGAUUAGAUCUCUAUCGUUUGCUACAUACACUGAAUCAAACAGCGCCACCACUUCAUCUGAAUCAGAUUCAACCAUUCAAGAACAAUACAAAUUAAAAGAUGGCGAUUUAUUGUUGGCAAGCGCAUCACAAGAUAAAUAUGUAAGGUUAUGGAGAGUUUCAUAUAAUGGUGAAGUUAGCAGUUCUUUAGAUAGUGAGGAUAUUACGAACGGAAAAUCAAAGGAAAAAAAAAGUUUGAAAGAAUUGCUAGAAAAUCUAGAAAAUCUGUCAGAUGAUACUAAAAAAAGGUAUUCGGCAAUGUUUGAAGCAUUACUUAUGGGUCAUGAUGAUUGGGUAUACAGUGUUUGCUGGCAACCUUCGAUUCCUAUAGUAGACGAGAAAGGAAAUGUUAGGUAUCAUCAACCAAUGUCAAUUUUAACUUCUUCAUCUGAUAAAUCAAUGAUGAUUUGGAAACCUGACCAAGACACUGGUGUUUGGGUGAAUUUGGUCCGAGUAGGUGAAAUUAGCGGUUCUGCCUUGGGAUUUUUCGGAGGUUUAUUUGGUCCAAAAGGAGACUAUAUUUUAGCUCACGGCCAUACCGGUGCUUUUCAUUUGUGGAAAAAUUUUAGUGAUCAUGAUUGGCAACCUCAAAUAUCAAUAAGCGGAUGUUUUAAUUCUGUACAAGAUAUUACAUGGGAUCCGACAUUUAAAUAUCUUGUCUCCGUAAGUCUUGAUCAAACAACGCGUUUAUUUUCAUCUUGGAUCCGAAAACUUGAUAUUGAUCAAAAAAAUGACGCACAAUUCCCAGAAAAACAAAAUUCUAUAGUAACAACAUGGCAUGAGAUUGCCAGACCUCAAAUUCACGGGUAUGAUAUACAAUGUAUUGCUUUCGUUACUCAGUGGAGAUUUGUCAGUGGCGCUGAUGAAAAAAUAUUAAGAGUAUUUGAUGCGCCAAAAACCUUUGUGCAAUCAUUAUCAAAAUUAUUAGGCGAAGAAGAUUCCCGUCCGAUAGGGGCAAACAUACCACCGCUUGGGUUGUCUAAUAAAGCAAUAUUUAAUUAUGAUGUUGAAAAAUUAUCAGCACAAUCCGAAGAUGAAUUAUUAAGUCGACAACAGACUUUCUCGGAAACUUUGACAACACCAAGCUCUUUAAAGAUUUUGGAACAACCGCCAUUUGAAGAACAAUUAUUACAGAAUACUUUAUGGCCCGAAAUCGAUAAAUUAUAUGGACAUGGAUAUGAACUAAUAAGUGUUGGUGCAAGCCAUGAUGGAAAAUAUGUAGCCUGUGCCUGUAAGGCUACAACGCCAGAAGAUGCAAUGAUCAGAUUAUAUAAUACAGCAACAUGGAAAGAAUUGACGAAUGGAUUGCUGAAAUCACAUUCAUUGACAAUUACAAAGAUUAGAUUUUCACACGAUGAUAAAUUGAUAUUGAGCAUAUCUAGAGAUAGGACAUGGUCUUUGUUUGAGAAAUGUGAAGGAAAUGAAGCAACACCGUACAAAUUUAUAACAAAAAAUAAAGCACAUGCGCGUAUAAUAUGGGAUUGCUCAUGGAGUCAUGAUGACUUGUUAUUUGCUACUGCUUCAAGAGAUAAAACGGUUAAAAUAUGGAAUCGAGAAGCCACUUCACAAUCACAAGAUCAAAAUCAAUGGCGUUGUAUUACAACUUUGAAACUUAAUGAUGCAGUUACAGCUAUUGAUUUUGCACCUAGAUUUAUUGAUGAAGGAUAUUUUAUGGCAAUUGGUCUAGAAAAUGGCCAAAUCCUGUGUUACCAAUCUGAAAAAACGCAAAUUGAUAAAUGGAAUUUGAUAAUUGACUUUGACAGGGAUAAUUGCCAUGUUGCGAGUGUGAAUCGCCUCACUUUUCGAUCUACAAGUACGGCGUCAAGUACAACAGAUGUCAACAUUGAUAAUCAUGAAAUGAUGAAUAGGUUACAACUAGCAAGUUGUGGGUCCGACUGUUGUAUUAGAAUUUUGAAUUUAGAUUUCUGA